AGGGCUUAUUUUACUUUCCCCGUGUUUAGUACUAGGGCUGCUGGGCUCAGUUCGCGAGCUCAGCCCAUCGGAGUUCACUUGUCAAAUUUUGACAUUUUUAAAGGGUCCCGAUGCUGCCGACGCAGCCACGACGAUGCGUGAAUUCGACCAUGGUGCAACCAACACAGGCUGAACUCCAAGCACAUCUUGCAGGACAAGCCCAACUCCUCAUGGGGCUCGCGGCUGUGCUCGACGACAACGAUAACGACCUCGAUGAACUCGCUAACGAAGAUGAUCUUGAAAAUGAUUAUAUGUCGGAUUCUGAUGCAUUGCUCAUGGCAGCUCUCGAAUAUCAAUCUCUCGCAGCAUCUAUUACUGGUGAUGGUUUACGAGGGCCGUACAAUCAGAUUCCUCGGUCCAAGGAUUUCUUUGCGUGCUGCUUGCAAAGUCCUGAUCGUGAAUUUCGCCAUUAUUUUCGAGUCAGUCGAGACACGUUCGACAGGCUGGUUGCAAAACUAGCAGAUAAUCCAAUUUUUACUUCGACUGGAACCAAACCACAGCGACACGUGAAGUAUCAGCUUGGGUGUUUUCUUUUCCGUUAUGGGAUGCGUGGAUCUGACACUCCGAGUGGCAAAAGAGUUGGCAAUCGGACAUGGUUCUGUUUUCAGGUAUUGUCGUCGGGUUAGCAGAGCAUUGCGGGAACUAAAGGUCGAGUUCUUGGUAUUUCCGACUGCCCCACGGAAGGAGAUCAUUUCAGACUACAUCGAGGAGACCUCAGGUUUUCCUGCUUGUAUUGGAAGUGCUGAUGGUUCUUUGAUUCGGUUUUCUGAGAAGCCAUU